GUUUGGGUCUCAAGAAUUGCAAGUUAUUAUAAAUAAAGUUAAAAAUGUUUAAUACAAAAUAACCAGUGUCGUGUUUAAAAUAAGUGCGUCAAGGUGUUACUUGAAAGCGAUGAACAGAAAUGAACGCAUAAAAUAAUUUGGCUCCAAACGAGCGUGAUGUCAUUGUGGUGCUAUAUAUUGAAGCAUUCAUAUACAUAUGUAUGUAUGAACUCUGACUUAUAUUAAGAGUCAGGGAAAUAGUCAGUAAUAGUCCAAAACUACAUCUAUCAACCGCAAGACAAAUAUUACCGUUAGGUGUGUACUUAAAGUGAUCAUAACAUACGAAAAAAACGACCAACUAUCGAAUGUGGAUUGAGUGUGUGCCUUAGUUUAGAAACUAAACAGAUUUUUGGUCGCAAUGGGCAGCGUCUGGAAACGUUUGCAGCGAGUUAACAAGCGUGCGGCGAAAUUUCAGUUCACUGCCUCCUAUCAUGAUCUGCGGUUGGAGACCACCGCUAAGUGGCGCCCUUCAAAUCUUUCGGUGGUCUGGACGAGACGUUCGAGGCGCGUUGCUAGUUCACCGCUGCCAUGGGAGCCAGAUAUGAUGAACCCACUGGUGGGAAACAUAUCGUGGCCAGUGCCAGACAAUCACGCUAUUUCGGUAACAUUAUUUAAGGAUCCACGCACUCAUGAACUUGAAGACAAAGACUGGACAUUUGUAGUCGAAGAUAUUUCACUACUGGGUAAAAAGCGAGUAUUGGCAAACGCAAGCAUCAAUAUGCGUAAAUAUGCUAGUGUUGAGUCAACACAGCAGAGUUUUACGUUGAACCUUAAGCCAGUUUCUCGGAAAAUAACAGCCGCUGAUUUGGAAUUGACAAUUAGUUGUGUUUUUUUGCGCGAGGGAAAAGCAACUGAUGAAGAUAUGCAAAGCGUUGUCUCAUUUAUGUCCGUCAAUAACAACUGUGAUGUAGCGCCUCUUGACGACUUAGAGGAUAUACCAGACUUGGAAAACUCCGGGGACAUCUCGGACAAUUUAUAUGAUUUCACGCAACAGUUGGAGCAAAUGACUACAAGUUUAAAUGGUUGUACCGAUGUACCAACGCCUUUGAGCGUUCCCUCAUUGUCAGAAGAUCCAACUCCAUUGGCCGAGUCAUUCAACCCUUUACAUUUUGAACAAGAAACGGAUCAUAAAAACGUACAGCCUUGGUCGAUCGUUAAAGCGGAUGAACCAUUAAAUACUCCUAGUGCACAUAAUUCACAACUGGUAACUCGCAGGACGCCUAUUAAAGACACUGAUCUGAUUAAGGAAAAUAAUCAAAUUGCUAUUGAAUCGUUGAAAUCCAAUCAAAACGAAAGGUUCCAGGAGAUUCUCACAUCUACGCCUAUAGAAGCACAAAAGGCUACAGUAAAAGUGAAAAGUAGCUCAAGCAAAGCUCUCAACUUUGACAACCAUGAUUGCAGCGCUGUCGACAUAGUAAAAUCACAGAAUAUAAAUUCAUAUGACGAUGAAGUCUUAAGAGUAACCGUUUCUACCACUACUGAGGAAACUGGAGCCACACAAUCUACCGAGGAACAAACGAAGCCGAUAGAGGACCUAGCUAUUGUACCUAUUGCCAAGCGCCCUGAACUUCAGCCCCUGAAUUUAAAGAAAAAUUAUGAGUCUACACCUACCAUAAAUAAAUUUUCAACUGUAAAUAAUGCUUCUCUAAAGCCUGUGGAGAAGAUCGUGCUGAAGGAUAACACCCCUGGACAAGAUUUGUUAGAGUGGUGCAAAGAGGUAACCAAAGAUUAUCCAAAUGUAAAAGUGACAAAUUUGACUACCAGCUGGCGCAAUGGCAUGGCGUUUUGCGCAAUAAUACACCAUUUUAUGCCACGUUUGAUAGACAUGUCGAAGUUAAGUGCACAUGACGUUGUUGGUAACUGUCGUAUAGCUUUUGAUGCGGCAGAAACAUUGGGCAUACCUCGUGUGAUUGAACCACGAGACAUGAAUUUGCUCACAGUACCAGACAAAUUAGCAGUCAUGACGUACCUGCACCAAUUACGGGCACACUUCACAGGAAAGCAGUUGCAAAUUGAGCAAAUUGGCCCGACAUCGGACGAGUCCAGCUACGUUAUCGGCAACUACAAGUCUGACAAUCUGUCGCAAAAUCUAAUAAACUUCUCGCACCUGAAGACACAGCUAUUACAUCAGAAUUCGUUCGAUGAAGAAAACAUCUGUCAGCAACAACAGCUGUCGCCCACGAGUAAAAAAGACGUCAAAAAUCUUAUAUUGACAAGUUCAAAGAAUAUUUUGGGUAAAGUUCUUUCCCCAACUAAAGACAAAAAUGUAGUCAAUGCAAUACAGAUUGCAAAUCAGACAACUAAAUCCUCACUUGGUCGACAUACUCCUCCUCCUCCUAUCGAUGGCAACAGCGAUACAUGUGAGGAAAUGCAAAAGCUUAACAAGGAAUCAACGUCGCCUAUGUCGUUAGAUGCUAAUGCGACAAAUGAGGAUCGACAGCAGCGAUUAAGGGAGCAGGCACGACGACUUAUAUUAGAAACACGAAAUAAGAUAGCAGGACCUGUAAAUAGCGGUGUGGACAGUCCAACAACCCCAACUAAGCUCAAGCGAUUCAACUAUACUCCUGAACGUACUAUUUCACCCAUACACAAUGGCAGUAGCAACGGAGAGUCUUACAUUGACGUUCCCUCAAAUAAAAUAGCUCUUAUACGGGAGAAACCUGAUCACUACGUUAACCACACGAGUCCUAGUCAUAAAUUAAGCGACGGUAACAUCACUCCUUUGCAAUCCUUUAACGCAGUCGUGGAAAGGAUCUCACCAAAGCAUGAAAAAAAAAAUGAUAGGCUUACAUACAUUGAGUCUGAGCUGGAAGCAUUGGAACGCGAACAAGAGGCAAUCGACCAAAAGGCUAGCAGUCUGGAGGCCAAACUACGUGCAGUUAUGGGCGGUAAUCCAAGUAAUAAUAAAACUGGUACAAAUCCCUUCCUUAGGUUAAUACGCAAUAGCAUUGGUGGCGGUGAUGUCAUACGUAUAAAGCUGCUUGACUGGGAUGAUGAAAGUUUAUUUGGUAGUGGUGCAAGCGGUGCUGGCAGUGGCACUGAUGACGACGACCAAGACGACGAUGAGACAUACAGUGACACUUCCACCACCUCUGGGAAGAAGGAGAAGCAACAUGGUGAAGUUCAGGCUUUCGAAAUGAAACCGCGACCAGAACAUCAAACACGAUCACGGCCGCGCGCUCAGUCUUGUUUUGUGACUACGAAUCUUAACUAUUCACUGAUUCGGCCUACAUAUCAACACCAAUUACCUGAAAAUUAUUGUCAUCGUCAUCAGCAUGGCUCAAACCAAGUUUCUCACCACGUUCGUCACGUGGGACCGUAUAGUCAUUCACCAUGUAACUCUGCUUCAGUUGCGUCCUCCCGACAUUCCUUCUGUGAUAAGUUACAAGCCCUAAGUGCAGAAGAUGUUAAUGCUAAGGUUGUAGCGCCUACUGAUCAAAUAGCCUUCUGUCGGAAACGACGUGAUGAACACAAGAGAGCCCACCAGAAACACCGACGCCCUCGUCCCCGCAGUUUUUGUGAAACUGAAGAAACCGAAGAACAAUUGCUUUCACAGUGGUUUACACUUGUAAACAAGAAAAAUGCACUCCUUAGGCGUCAGAUGCAGCUAAACAUUCUUGAACAAGAAAAGGAUCUCGAGCGCAAAUUCACAAUGCUUAAUCAGGAGCUACGCGCUGCUCAAUCUGUUGAGGAUUGGCGGAAAACGGAGGUGCAACGUGAAAAGGAGCGCCUGUUGUUGGAAGAGCUUGUGACUAUUGUUGAUAAGAGAGAUCAGCUGGUGCAACAUUUACACAAUCAAGAAAUAGCUAUUGAGGACGACCAUGAAAUAGCGCGCGAGCUUGAACAAGUAGACAUUAGCGGUAACAAAGAAAAGUGUAUUCUACAAUAAUAAAAAAACACCUGACGUAAUUCAACUUGACUGGAGAUUAAACCUACACUAAUAUCUAUAAUAUUGUGGAUAUACACAAUCAUAACUUUACUAUGUUGCAGACUGGAAACAUAUGGGUUAAAAAUGUAAAAAAAAAAAUUGACAUCAAAACGUCCGAUAGCGAAUUAAGCAGCUUUAAAAUUUGAAUAAAUUCUAAAUCAUUUUACUUAAAAGAAUGUUGUCAUGUACAUUUUAAAAUUACAUUUCAUUUACCUAACUAUAUAUGAUAAUUGUUUUAGUGCCAUUAUUUGUUCCGUUUGGUAAAGAUUUUCAAUUUCAAAAAACCCAACUGUGAGUUUAACUCGUUGCACAUUAAUUUUAUUUUAGCUUAAAUACUACGUAUUAAAAAAAAGCUUCACCCCUAAGAAUAUGUAUAAACUAUUUGUUAAGAAACUGGUUUUAUUUAGUUUUUACCUUUAUCUUAUUUAACUAUUUACUGGUGGUUUAUUUAUAUAUGUUACAAUAGUUGUAAUUGGCGUAAUGUAAUGCCUUUACUUCAACCAAAUGGUCCUUUAAAGAAUACAGUUUUUAUGUUUUCAAAUAAAUAUACUUUAUUCAAAACCUCACUCGAAAUAAAAAAAAUAUGUAUAUACUACUAGCUGGUAUUUCCGGUCCUUGCCCGAUCCAUGUUUUUAACAUCCAAUUUUAGACCUAGAACUUUUUGAAACCAAAACAAAGACAUUUAAAAUGCUGUUUAUAGAAUUCAAUAAAGACUCGUAUGAAUAUGUAUGGUGUACAUGUAUACAGAAAUUCUUGCAAUUCGCGAGCUGCCGCGAACAAGUGUUUAUUUACGUGCUCUUUAAUAAUUUCUGUAUCAAUUUGGACAACAUUUCAGCAGCAGAUCUUAUUUGCUUAAUAUUAUUCGUAUAAGACGAUUGCUUUAAAAUUGUGGCUUAAAUUAAUAGAUAGUUCCAAUUAAUUUAUUAAUUUGAUUUACAGCCACAGGUUGUGGAGGCGGCUAUCCAAAACAAAAACUAGUACUGGAAUUUCAACUAGGCUAUUUGAUCGAAUUUUUCGGGCACGCAUUGCAGUUAAAUGUUCGACAAGCUUCAUCCCAAAGUAUUUUAAAAGGGUUGAGAUCUUGUAUUUCCACAUUGUGUGUGUGACCAAUCGCGAUGAACAUUGUGGAUCCUGCUAAAAUGUCCACAAAAUAAGCAUAUGGAAACUUUUACGAUUCCAAAAAAUCCUUGACAAUCUAGGCUAUUAUGUCUUCAAGAAAAACAACCGCCAUACAUAUCAUAUCUUGCCACAUUCGUAUACCUGAUAAGAUACUCAGCCUUUCGGACUACAAACGCUUCUUGCCGCAUCAUUAUCGGAAAUAUGUAUCUUGGUUUCAUCA